CUGAUCAAAAACAGGGCUUGCGGCUUUUGCAGAAGAAGAAAAUUGAGAUGUUCCGGGACACGGCCACUGUGCUCCAAUUGUCAAAAGUACAACAAGCAAUGCGAAUAUGGACCCGCUUCCAAAGUCGCAAAAGUCCGAGAUUUAGAGCAUAAGAUCGAGUUUGGAGGUUAUAACAACAAUCAAUUUGUAGACCCCAUCGCCGUCAUUCCUCCUGUCCCCCCGCCGCAACUUUCAAAUAUGUCCACUGUCAACGCUCAACACAUAUCCUCCCGAUCCCCAUUUGCUUUUGCACCCGAGGCAGCCAAUUCCUACUCCUCAUCAAGUCCAGACGAUAGCAUCCCACUUCCUUUACCCGCCCAACCUACCACUCAUGCACCGGCAGAUGGCCGAGACAUGUCCCUGCUCUAUCCUACUUCCGAAGCCGGUCCUUCGAAGGAGAGCGGGGUCGACGGCCUCACUGAACGUCUGGGCGAGUUUCUGUUCAGUUCCAAAGAGGGUAAGGACGGAACGCCCAAAGUGUGGGCCAAAAAGCCUAGAGCAACAAAAUCCGUCCGUGGUACUUCGAGCAAAAACGCGGGCACCAUCAUGGCCCUACGUGCAGAGUCUGACGGGUUGGACAAUGCCACCAGGCAAAAGCUUAUAGACACUUUUCUCUCCAUUCACAAGCUCUUCUUUGACAUGAGCGUCCCUCGAUUCCGAUAUCGGAUGACUUUUAACGAUCGUCGUCGACCCAGCUUGGCCUUUUUGCAUGCUAUCUAUCUUUGGGGUACACGGGUCCUCAAUCCUUCAUCCAGCUCCGCAGAGGAUCGACAUUUCGCCGCGGCCUGUCAAGCUUUUGAGACUUCCGCAGCGAGCGGAGAUCGACUGCUGGACGCCAUUCGCGCUGCUAUGCUUCUGUCAUCUCAUGCCUAUACUCAGGGUAGACACCACCAGGGCUGGUUGCUAGCUGGACAUGCUGUCACAUUGUGCCGUUCCAUGGGUCUACAUCAAAUCCGAUCAUGUGUCUUCCGUCCUGAACCUCCGAGAAACCCUUUUUUACGACUGACAGCCAGUUGGUCAGUGUUCACCAUUGAUAGGUGCGGGGCCCUGGCCACGGGCUUUCCAAGUGCAUUGAAAGAUGAGGAUAUCACCACUCCGUUAUGUCGGCCCUUGGAGGACAUCGAAUCGGGUGCGGUCUCUCACAAUGACGAUUAUACCGUGCGCGAUCUGUAUCGAGUGACGUAUGACACGUCGCAAGCGAAGAACAAGGAUUAUCUCCGGUUCCUGAAAUGCGUCGCUAUUCUUGAACGAGCCUCUAAACUUGCCUUUGUGGACGUGGAAGAUGGUUCCGAAUACGCCCGUCAAUGGGCUUCAUACCAUCUCAUUGCGCAGAGCGACCCUUCCACGCCUCAGCCUCCACCAUGGCUGGAACAACCUAGAUAUCGCUGUCCGACGGCGUAUGCGGAAACUAAGUUAGGACUUGAGUUGGUUAUCUCCACCUGGGGAGAAGACGCCAUUUUCCCACCGGAUCGGAAACGUAAAGCUGAGAUGAUGGGUAUGCCCGUACCGGACAUCCCACCAAAAGUCAUCGUGCUGCAUCAUCUGUUAGCGACGACGCAUAUGCUGUUACACGAUGUGGACUCACUCGAAGCGGAGAACAAAGAGGCUUUGGUAGGAGCUAGGAAGAACGUGGCUUUGUUGAGGCAUAUGCCGCCUAUCCCUAAAUCGGAAACGGAUCAUGUCUUACUUCUCAUCUGGACAAUGGCGGCCAAGACCUUGAUCAAGGAAAUGCAUCGACUUCGGUUGGCAGGUGAUCACGCGGCGGCGGUGGUACCGGACGAAGAGUCGAAUGUGAUCAUUGCGGAGUUACAUAGGGUUGGGUAUAAUGUUUCGUGA